AUGUUAGAAGCACUUAAUGGGUAUUAUGAAGAAGAACGCAGAGACAAUCUCGGCUACCUCUACUACACGAACGAAAAGAAGUGCCAAACUCUGCACAGCCGGUUAUCGCGGUUGUGGAAAUCAGCUCGUGCAGCCGCGAAUUCUCGGGGAGGAUCGAAUUUCCGUCGUUCUUGUAUCUUCUUUAGUGCCUCUUUCCUCUCCCUGCUUCUUAUUUUACUAAUGCCUCCCCUCUGUCUCCUUCUCUCCACCCUCUCAAUUGCCUUCGGCCUCGCGGCACUGCCUCUGAUUCCCCUUCUCAGUCUCGUGUUCCAUCUCUUCUGCGUACUGCUCUAUGACUUCUAUAAACCUGCUGUUCAUGCAAACGGUGUUCUCCCAAUUGUUGAGGUCUUCGUAUGGCAUCUAGGGAUACGAUGUGUUCUACAGUUCAUCACAGCUCUUUUAUGUGGUCUUGUCCUCUAUCCCAUCGUGGCUCUACUUUGGAGUGUAUUUGGUGUUCUUCGAUGGUGUUUGAGGUCAAUCUGGGAUACCACGGUAUUUCAUCUCUGUCUCAGGCCGUAUCUUCGCAUUCCAGCAAACGAUAACUGCAUUUUAAAACGCCGCGCUGGACCCGGACUCUCUCCUAUGCAUUUUUACAAGAAUUCGGAAGCCUUUUCGAAAACGGCGAACUCGAACUCCAUGCCAUGGCUCUACUAUGGCAGUGGUAAGCAGGCUCGGCUAGCUGAUGUCUGCGCGAUUUUGGAGAGCCAACUGGAGACGAUUGAAGUGGAUGAAUGGCGAGCGCAGAUGGAAGAAAUCGCCCGUGAGCCCAUUCGAGCCUACAACUCCCUGGCUGAAAAUCUCGCCUGGUUAUCCCUCUCACCCGUGGAAAAGGGGAUUUUUAGCCAACUGCGUGGUCAAACCAAAGCCUGGUUGGAGGAGAUUCUUCAGAAGGCAAAGCAGCGAAAAGAGGCACUUCAUCCAAAAUUCCCCAGGUGUCAGGCUACGCGACUGAAGCUAUCCGCUAAUGAACUUCAGGUUAGUUCAUCUUCCCCCUAUUUAUUCCUCUUACUAUUCAACCUACAUAUUUUGUUAUUAUAUGAAGUAACAAUAGGAAGCGUUUUACUUAGAGGCAUCUAA